AUGGCUCAAAAUUUUGGAAAGAUUCCUUCUCACAAGUCUUACGUAUUGAGCUUAUAUCGGACCGUUCUCAGAAACAUUCCAAAGUGUUGCCACUCAUAUGCGUUUCAAUAUGAAAUAAAAAAAACACUUUCAAUACAAUUGUUCAAACACAAGCAUGACAAGUCAAGUUGGAGUGUUUAUACUUUACUCAAUGAAUUCAGUUUGUUGAACAAUUGCCUUUUGGAAGGUAAAUUACAAGAAAUCAAAAACUUAAUGAAGCCAUUAAAAAAGAUGAAAAAACAACUGAAAACAACGAAAAUCCUCAACUCUUUGACUUCAUUAGGGGAUGUAAAGACCAACGACCCAGAAGAAGUAAGAAGAUUUCAUGUUCUAAGUGCUUACAUUAAGCGAAAACAAGAUUUGGGCCUUUUACCUGCAUACAUACCAAAAACGUAUCAGCACAAACUCCUAUUACCAUUAGCAUUGAACGAACAUGCGUGCCUGAAACUAUUUCAUAUUCAGCAAAAAUUGAAAAAUGGCCCACCUUCUGCUGGGCUGUCAUAUACAAAAGAAGGAAGGAAUCAAAUAUGGUUUGUUCGGUCACCAAUUAACAAGGGCAGACAACAAUCGAAAAAGCUGGGAAUAUUGAUACGAAAAGAAAGGAAGGAUUCUCAGAAAAAUAUCGAUAAUCUCAAUUUUUGCGAAAUUAAUGCUGCUUGGGCAUUACAUGAGGCCAUUUGGGAGGAAUAUCUAGAGUCGAAAAAGAUUAUUAAAGUAAACUUACCGAAAUACUUGGAAUACGCUGCAAAUAUCCCAAAGUCUACUAAAUGUAAUCCUUCGAGUCAAUAUCAGAAAGUUAAAGAAUGGGUAGAUCCCGUGAGAGAAAUAAUGUUCGAAUUACAUUCCAAAAGUUUUCAAAGAGUGGAGUACUUUAACAAAUAUAAGGAAAAGCUUUUAAAGAACGGUGGCCAACUAGCAUAUUUUGAUAAAAAGUCAAAAGAAAUGUACGCCAAACGGUUGACACUAUUCAGAAAAAUGAGCAAAGAAACAUUACCAUAUGUGACACUCUUUAUAGAAGGGAGGGACUUGCCAAGUGUUUUGGCGAAAUACGGUUUUUAA